UCCUGUCGCUCACUCUUCCGCCGAGAAACAAAGAAACAAUUAAAGUGCAGACCGCAAGGCGGAAGGAAGUGCAUACCACAAGUGAUCCCCCACCUCCGGCGCCAAGUUGCAUGUUGGAUUGUGCCACAAACUUUUAGCCAAGUUCCCCCCAAAUGCCCCUGUUCGCUCCCCUCCUGGUAAAAUGAAAGCAGACAACUUCUUCAAGUACGGCGCCCCUUUGUACCAAGCGAAAAGUACCCGGAGCACCCAGAACCAACCGCAAGUCCAAGCGGGCAACAUCAACUUGGGCCAUCUGACAUCGUCCUCGCUGCUGACGAGCGACGACCUGCGUCAUCUCACCCAGCAGCGGAGCACCGGAUACUCGGACAGGGAGAGCCUCGCCAGCGUGAGCAGUGCGGGUGGCCGGAUUAAGAGGCGAUCGAGAAACUUCCCCAUGAAGUCCUCCAAGGGGGGCAUCAGCAAGAAGAGCAAGACCAUGGAUUACACCAACUAUGCCUACAAUGAGGCAGUGGGUCGCCUCAAGGUGAUGCUGGCGGACAACUCCUAUGUGGCGCCUAAGUUAGGAGGAGGAGCAGGAGGUGUGUCUUCCUAUUUGCGGAACUUCAACGAGGAUUCCGGGGACAACUUCUCCGACAACUUAUCGGUCAUUGAGCGUCCCGUCUUCUCGGACAUUUCCAAGUACUUGUCGCCCAGCCAGAAGUCGCGGAUCAGCUCGUACCGCCCCAAGAAGAGCUAUACCUCGGGGUAUCUCUCGGCUUCCAAGGAGAACCUGGCUUCCACCCCUGCUCUCUACCCGAGCUCCGCGGUUCCACCAGCUGCUCCUCUUCCCGCCGACAGUGUUCCGGCUCCCGUGGAGAUCUUCAGCUUUAUCGAGAAGCAGGAGGACUACAUCGAGCAGCUGGAAAAGGAGUCCAAGUACUGCCGCAAUGAGCUGACAAAUCUCUUGGGUAAAGUAAAGGAUGUGAUUAACGAGAACGAACAGCUCACGGAGAAUGCUCGGUCUGAGCUGGUGGCUCUGGGUUCGGGAAAGCCACACGCACCUAUCACCACCACUAGUCCUUCCUCCGAUAGUGAUGAGCACCUGGUAUUCGCCAGUGGACGUAAGACUCCUUCGACACCAAGGAAAAGUACUUCUAAAGGGCAGGUGCAGAGUCCCCGCUAUGCGAGUGCUCCAAAUAUUGUCUAUGAGGCCAGGAUUAGCGAACUGGAAGCCGAGCUGAUGCAGGCCAGCAUUGAUUUGCGACGCCUGAGGACCGAAAACGAGGAGCUCAAGCGGAAACUGGCCCACACCGAUCCACUAACUACAGUGGCCACUUUAACUGGAGGAACCAAUUGCGAGUUGCACCGCAAGCAGCUGGAGAACCUCCAGCAGGAUAAGCAAACUCUGGAGGAGAGUGUGCGCCACCUGCAGAGGCUCCUGGAUGAGGCAAAGGCCCAGGGUCAGGGUAGUGCCUCCUCAAAGCGCUACAUAAACGAUCUGGUGCAGAUGGAGCGCUCCCAAGCGGAGCUGGAGGUGCGUCACCUCCGGGAUGAACUGGAUCGCCAGCACGAGCGGGUGCGGGAGCUGCAGCACGAGAUGGCCAGGCGGCUGGCCGAGGAGCGAGCCAGUGCCGAGAGGCGGUACAACAGCCAGGUGGAUCAACUGGGCGGCGAUCUCAGCUGCCAGUGGGAGCAGGUGGCCAAGCUGCAGCUGGACCUGGAGCGCCAGAAGCGCUAUGAAACCGAUCUCAAGCGGGAUGUGGCCAGUCGCAAUUCGCAGAUCGAAGAGCUGAAAAUGGAACUGAGAGCCAAUAGGACCACCUUCCUGGCGGACAUGGCGCAGGUGAAUGCGGAGAAGCAAUCCCUGGAGCAGGACAUCACCUCGCUGCGCCUGCAGUUGGAUCGAGCUGCCAGGGAGACCAAGACGGAGGCAGCUCGCCUCAACGCCGAGAUAAACUCGCUGCGGCAGCGACUGGAUCGCGGGGAUGCCGAUCUCCUGCACUCCAAAAGGGAGGUGCUGCGGCUCAACGAUGAGAUAGCCAAUCUGGAGAAGGAGCUGGCUUAUGGGGAGCUGAAAAACGAGAUACGACCCACCAAAAAGGAUCUAGACAAGCGGAUCUCGGAGAUGCAGGAUAAGCAUGCGGGAACGGUGAAUGAGCUUGAGGAAAUGAUAACAUCUCAGAAGCAACUCAUGGAUAAACUGACGAACGAGUGCAAGGCCCUAACGGGCAAGUUAGAGGAUACGACCUACAAGCACAAAGAGGAAAUAUCUGCUUUACAAUCGAAUCUAGAGUAUCUAUCCAAUCGAAUGUUGAGUAAUGAGGAGCAUAUGAGUAAAUUAGAUAGCUCACCACAUGAUUAUACUAGCUUAGUUACUGGAAAAGCCGCUUACGACUACCAGGCAGCGACAUAUGGCACCCCAAUCGAAUCCAUACAAAGCACCCCACAACCACACAACAGCGCCGGCGAUGAAGACUACACGAACGGAGGGAUUGGCCUGGCCGACGGAGCAAGUGCCUCCGCCUCGGCAGCAGCCACCACUGCAGCCAGCAUUGCAGCAGGAGCAGCUGCAGCCGCUGCAGCAGCAGCAGGAUCAGCCGUCUCGGGACGCAAGAGCAGCAUCGCCGACUAUGGACUCCAGGAUAACGAUGACGAGAAUCUCAAGGACAACCUUGGCCUGGGCGAGAAGCAGCAGCAACAACAGCAGCAGCAGGAUCUGGACAGGCAGAGGGAGCGGGAGGAACGCGACCGGGAGCUCCAGCAACUCCGCGAGCAGCGGGAGAAACGCGAAAGGGAACGUGAGCGGGAGCGGGAACGGGAGCAGGCCGAGCAACUGCAGCAGCAGCAGCAGGCGGAGCAGCAGCAACAGCCACAACAACAGCAGCAGCAGCAACCAUCGCUGGGCGAGAGCAGCAUCACCAACGCCGGCAGCGCCAAUCUGGCCGCCUACAACACCGACUACAGUGCCUACGAUCAGCAGCAGUACGAGGCCGGAGCCUACGAUCCCAGUGCCUAUGGCCAGCAGCAGUACGAGGGUCAGCAGUACGACUACGGAGACUCGGGAGCGGGUUAUGAUUACGCAGCCACUGACUAUGGACAGUCUGGAUACCAGUAUGACGCCACGCCAGGAGGCACCGCAGCCAGUCAGCCACAGUCCCAGUCCCAGUAUCAAACGCCAGCUGCCCCCCAGCGACAAUCGGAGGAGCAGGAGCAACAGGAUCCUCAGGAGCAACUGGAACACCCUUAUCCGCAACGGGCCGACCACAAUCGCGCCCGGGCAGUGGAGCUGUGGGGUCAGCAGCUUCUGCUGGAGCAGUCGCCGGCGGAAAAUCCACUCUGCCACAACAGCCUGCCGCGUCAGCCGCCGGCAAGAAGUAGCUGGAGUCCCGACUGCGAGGAUCGCCUGACGCUGGAGUGCUCCAUCAGUAGUCCCAGCCUGAUGCGGUCCUCCAACGAUGAGACCUGCUCGGAGCUGGCCGAUCUCAGCGAGACCUUCUUGGUGCUGGGGGAAGCCUCCCAGGAGGAUGAUAGCUUGUCCCCUGCCCACACCACCAUCAUCACGGCCAGGAGAUCCAGUGCUCCGGCCGUCGUCCAGCAGACGGACAUUGCCAACGAGACAGUCACCAUCGAGCGCCAUCUAGAUGCACCCAGUUCUUCAGUCAACCUACGUACUUCUACUCAUGUGUUCCAGAAAUAAUCAACCAAACGAAAUCCAUGUUUUUUAACUAAUAAACAUAUUAGAAAUCAA